AUGCCAGUCCAAGGACGGAUGGUUGAAUUUAUACCAGACCGGCUUUAUUAUGCGACCAUCACCGGAUCCAGUUCCGAUACAGCCGAUACGCAUUAUUUUACCACAGACUCCACGCUAGUAUACUAUCCUUUUGAGCAGGACUUUGGCCCCUUGAACCUGGGACAGACCUAUGUGUUUUUUGCGCAGCUAUCCAACAAGUUAAAGGAUCCUAACUUGAAAGCGAAGAAGAUCGUCUAUUAUUCUAGCUCAAACUUUAGCCAUCGGGCCAACUCAGUGACCCUGAUAGGGUUAUUCAUGGUUUGCGUUCUGCAGAAGUCAGCAAAAGACAUUGCAGAUUUAAUAUCCAAGAAUGUCCAACCGGCUCUGGUUCCGUUUCGCGACGCGUGCAUGGGUCCGUGCUCGUACGGGAUGACCGUGGCUGAUUGCCUGUUUGCGAUGGAGAAGGCGAUGAGCAAGGGUCUCUUCAACCUCAACACCUUUAAGUAUGAUGACUACUACUUUUAUUCUCAAGUGGAAAAUGGUGAUCUUACGUGGAUGCUUCUCGAUAAAUUUGUCGCGUUUGCUGGACCGGUGUCCCAGUCUCAUCCGUUCUUUCGCUAUCACCCCUUCACUCCGGCGUCAUACAUACCGCUAUUCCAGUCUAGAAACAUCACGGCAGUAAUACGACUCAAUGAGGCCUGCUACAAUAGGACAGAUUUCAUCAAAGCAGGGAUCCACCACUAUGAUUUGCCAUUUCCCGACGGGUCUUGUCCGCCCGACAAGAUUAUAAAGCAGUUUAUUGAGAUUACAGACAAAGAAACGGGAGGAGUUGCUGUCCACUGCAAGGCUGGGUUAGGGAGAACGGGGUCCCUCAUUGCGCUUUAUAUGAUGCAGAGAUACGACUUCACUGGCCGCGAGAUCAUCGCAUGGCUCCGCAUUCUUCGCCCUGGGUCUAUAUUGGGUCAGCAACAGCAGUUCCUUAUAUCUAUGGAGAGCAAGAUCAAGGCGUACUAUCGGCAGAAGGCCGCUGCGGCUCAGGAGGGGAGCGCGGCUGACCAGCACGACCAGGCUGUCACUAUUCCCAUAUCUGCGAGUCCGUCUCGGGGUACUGCAGCGCACCCAGGUUUGGGAUCCAGCAACAUGACUGGAGCCUUGGCUAACACUACAAGCCCAGAUAGGCAUGCAGCAACGUCUCGCUCUGGCGCUUCUGGAUCCAACCCCAUGCAUUCCCCAUCUCGUAGCUCUCCAACAAGGGGAGUGGUGAACUCAUCGCCGUCUAGACAGCCAGAUAUUGCGAGGACAUCCGGAACAGAUAGAGUUCGACAGAAGUUAGCUGACUAUCUAAAGAAUUCCCCUACACGCACAGCGAACACAAGGUCGUCAAACUACGAUGGGGCAACAUCCAAGUCCUCCUACCAAGGCGCGUUAACAACGGGAAGAGUAGGCUCAUCAGUCCGCGCUAUGACCCCAGGGACGGGAGCCCCUGGGAGCCCCAUGAAUCUAGGCGGUGGAAUGUACCCGAGUAGCGUAAAUAGGCCGGGCAUAGCCUCUGGGCGUGGAGGAAGGCAAGGGGCAUCUGGUACAUAUGGAAGCGUAACCAGGGUUCCACGCACAGGCAACAUGCCGCGAACUCCUGGGGUUGGUGAGCGUAAAGAGGAGAUGGUUUCAUAUGGCUUUGGAGCCAACGGAAGGGUGCAUCCAGACGUAGUGCAGACCCCUAAAAGCCAGCUCGGUAGACAUACGCCCUCACGCAGUACAACGUCGUCUGUCAACGUUAAGGGUGGACGAACAAAUGAGCUACCAACUCUCAAGCCUGGGCGACAGGCUGUUCGUCCGGUAACGGAAAUGUAUUAA